ACUCAAUCGUCUCGAAUGGCUGGAGCGGAAGCUGCAUUUGUGGAUGAGGAGAUCCUUUCUUCGAUCUAAGUCUACAUAUGAUGCUAGUGCUGAAGUGACGUAUCCGGAGUCUACGGCCUUGAAAACACAACAUCUUCCCAAGCCGCUUUCUCAGAGUUUGCGGAAUUUGUUUUCAGGGUAUCCUUCUCGAUCCUUGAAACGAGAUGGUCUCGCACUGCGUGAUGAUCUGGUUAUUCGGUCAGCAAGACAUCCAAAUGUGUCUACGAACACUUCUGGUGAACAAGUGAGUCGUAUAAGGAACGAGAGAUAUGCAGCCGUACUGUUUGCUGCCACCAGAAUGCCAUCAUGUUAUGCAGCUACUCGAAGAGUGUUUCAUGAGAUUGCUUGCAGGGAACCAGCAUUUAAACCUCAAACACUUCUGGACUUUGGGUCUGGUGUUGGGACAACUGUCUGGGCGGCUCAUAGCCUAUGGGGUGGCAGUAUUAAAGAAUUCCAGUGCAUUGAUUCGUCAAACCAGAUGAAUGAAGUAGCUGCAUCACUGCUACGCAGUGGGAAGCAGGACAGUGAUGUACACUGGGAGGAUACAUCACCACACAUUGGCAAUGUGUACUUCAAACAGUUUAUGCCAAUGUCGGACAAAGUGUGCUAUGAUAUCGUAGUGUCGGCGUACACUUUGGAGGACAUACCAACACUCAAACUUCAGACAGAUAUCAUCAGAGCUAUGUGGAAAAAAGCAUCAAAAUUUUUGGUCAUCAUCGAAUCUGGUACCGUUGCUGGAUUUCACAAUGUUCUACUUGCACGAGACACGGUCCUCAAUACAUUAACCGAUCGAAUACCUGAUUGGCCGAGAGGUCAUGUCUUUGCACCAUGCACACACGACUUAAUCUGCCCUCACAGAGUUACAGACACUCGUAAGCAGUGCAAGUUUGGCCAGCGAGCAGAGCUCUCUUUAGCUGAAUUGUCAACAGGAUUGAAAGCACUUAGUUACAACUUGGAAAAGUUUUCUUACAUUGUGUUGAUGAAAGGGGAAAGAUCGGCUCCAGUGGAAGGAGUAAAUACUCACAGGAUUGUUGAGCCAGAAAGGAAACGAACACGACAUGUCGUUUGCAAGAUUUGUACACAAGAUGGAAAUCUCAAACAGACAGUUAUAUCAAAGUCUAAAGGGAAAUCUGUUUAUAAACAUGCCAGAUCACUAAAGUGGGGUGAUCUUCUGGUUUUGCCGAAGCACAUACCCUUUACAUUUGUUGAGCGAUUCCCUACAGUAACAGAUGCUGAAGAAGGAGAAGAAGAAAUGGCUACAGAAGCCAAUAUGGAAUUACAUAGCAAAUAAGUAAGUACGACUGACCAUUGUUAGAAUGUCUACAGGUCUGCUACAUGCACAUUAUACAUCACAUCAAAAACUGUUGAAUUUUAAAACACCGGUAUUUUCCUUGCAUAUAAAUUGUCCGUAGUCCCAUGAAUCCAGUUGUCUCCCCUUUACUCACUGAAACUGACAAAAUGGAGGAAUGACUGCCCAUGCAAGAGUGAUUAUUUUGCUUUGACUUGUGCAUGGUUUGUUUGUGUGACAACAUAAAUACA